AUGACAUCUGAAAAUAAUCCCUCUCGUCCUGUAUUUCAGGAGACAGACUGGCUAUUUGGAGCAGGCAACAAUCGCCCUCCCGUCAAGUCGCGUCUCCAGCAAAUUUCGGCGUAUCUCAGCACAGACAUCAACCCCCGCUAUGGAGAUCUCCUGCUCCUGUUCUGCUACAUCAUCACUGGUCUGCUUGACUCCUCCGCCGUAUUUAUCUGGGGCUCCUUCGUGAGCAUGCAGACCGGCAAUACUGUCUAUUUGGGCCUAGGCUUGAUCGGACUGGACGAGGGCACCCGCUGGAUAAAAGCUGGAGUCAGCAUCUUCAGUUUCUGCCUAGGAUCGUACUGCUUCGCUCUAUACCAUCGCUGGGUAAUCUCCCGGCAACGCUGGGUUCUCUGCGCUUCAUUUACGAUUCAGAUGCUGUGUGUAGCGGCUGCUGCCACCAUUGUCACCGUCCACCGUCCGUCCCGCGACUCCGCGUUGAGCUGGAAAGUCAUUCUGCCUCAAGCUCUGGUGGCGUUCCAGAGCAGCGGACAGGCUGUCACGAGUCGUGUCCUGAAGCUCAACGGCUUGACUAGCGUGGUACUCACCAGUGUCUAUUGUGACUUCUUCUCCAAUCCCGCGUUCCCCUCACUGGGUGGUGUUGAGCAGAGAAGACGCGCCGGAGCAGUCAUUUGCUUGGUUCUGGGGACGAUUCUUGGGGGCUUGUGGGCAAAGAGCGAGAUUGGAUUGAUGGGGGCGCUGUGGAUGGCUGUCCUGUUCAAAGGGCUCAUUGCUGUUGCCUGGCUGGGAUGGAAAGGGGAGCAUGCGGACGAUCUCUGA